CUCGUCCGUCCUAGGACUCCAGCGCACUGAGCCCAGUCCCUCUCAUCCCCCGCAGUCACUCCCAGCAGAUGCACUUACACACAGAGGACCAUAAAACACUUGCUUUUCACUUACCAAGCAGGAAAAGGCGAUUUGCUGAUGAAAUAGAAAGAUGCAUUUCAUCUAGGAUUAAAUGAAAAUAUAAUCUCAAAUUUAGAGUGAUAGGCAUUUUUUUUUAAGCAGGUUUUUUCUUCUGGGCCUUAGCCUACAUGAUGUGUAAAAGGGCUUUCCUGUGCGUAAUAUGGUGCGUGUUUUUUGCGUUGUGUUCAGCUGCCCCAAAGGAGUGUGCGGGCACGGCCAUACCUGCGGACACUAAUCCUGGGAUUAAACCCGAACACAAAGAGGACCUUGGAGAUCAGAAUGACACGCUACAGGAAGAGAUGGACACGCAUCAUAACAUUCUGACCCAGCUGCUGGGUGAUUAUGACAAAGUGAAAGCCCUCUCGGAAGGCUCUGACUGUCGCUGUAAAUGUGUUGUCAGACCCCUGAGCAGGAGCGCCUGCAGGCGGAUAGAAGAAGGCAGCGACACGGCGCAGGACUACUACACGGUGGAGACGAUCACCUCGGGGCCAGAGUGCAAGUGCGCCUGCAUCGCUCCUCCGUCGGCGGUCAACCCCUGCGAGGGGGACUUCAGGUUGAAGCAGCUACGGGAAGCUGGGAAGGAUAACAUCAAGCUCUCCAUGAUUACUGAAUUGUUGGAGGGAUCCUUCUAUGGCCUGGAUCUCCUGAAGCUCCACUCCGUCACCACUAAGCUCCUGGACCGUGUGGAAAACAUUGAAAAGAACCAAGCAGUCUCUCAGAACCACAGCCAGGAUGAGGCUGGUCCAGGCCAAGAGAAGAGACCCUCUAUCCAGCCACAGCAGGUGAAGGAGACACCACCCCCCUCGCUCCCCCUGAGGCAGGAGAAGAAGAGGCUGAGUGAUGUGGCUACAGCCUAUCAGAAUAAAGAGGAGAGGCAUGAGGAGAGAUUUGAUGGAGGCCAUGAUUCCUCCAGACCCUUAAUUAAGACAGAUGCUUCAGGACCAGGACCCAGCCCCACCCCCCAGGUGACUGCCCAGGUGAUCCCAGAGGUGACCCCCCAGGAUGGGGCCAGCCAAGCGAGCCAGGUGGUGUCCCAGGGGGUGUCCCAGGGGGUGUCCCAGGGGGUGAAGACUGGCCCCAAAGGGAUGGUGAUCAGAGGGAUGACCUUCUACAAGUUUGACCAAAUGGUGGCUGAUGACGGGGAGCCAGGGGAGAAUUUCUUUGAGUAUGAUUCGUUCAGUGGCGACGGCCCAGUCAACCUCCUCAUCGAGGAGCAGCUUAUCCAGCACAGAGCCCCUCAAAGAGCCAAAGAGAAGGCGGGACCAAGAGCUGCUCGGCCAAAGAGCAGAGACCAAGUAGGAGGAGCCAGGCAGACCAGCCAAUCAACACAUCCCAUCCAAACGCAACCCGACACUGUAGCAACAGUGACUUCUAAGACGACUGCAUUCCCCACAGGACAUACAGCAGAGGACCUGACGGUCACCUCCACCAGGAACGCUGAUAUUAACUCAACCACCACAGGACAUACAGCAGAGGACCAGACGGUCACCUCCACCAGGAACGCUGAUAUCAACUCAACCACCACAGGACAUACAGCAGAGGACCAGACGGUCACCUCCACCAGGAACGCUGAUAUUAACUCAACCACCACAGGACAUACAGCAGAGGACCUGACGGUCACCUCCACCAGGAACGCUGAUAUUAACUCAACCACCACAGGACAUACAGCAGAGGACCAGACGGUCACCUCCACCAGGAACGCUGAUAUUAACUCAACCACCACAGGACAUACAGCAGAGGACCUGACGGUCACCUCCACCAGGAACGCUGAUAUCAACUCAACCACCACAGGACAUACAGCAGAGGACCAGACGGUCACCUCCACCAGGAACGCUGAUAUCAACUCAACCACCACAGGACAUACAGCAGAGGACCUGACGGUCACCUCCACCAGGAACGCUGAUAUUAACUCAACCACCACAGGACAUACAGCAGAGGACCUGACGGUCACCUCCACCAGGAACGCUGAUAUCAACUCAACCAUGGCUGAGACCACUGGUCACACCACCACUAGAGGAACUGAGAGGCCCAUCCCCAUGAUGGUCAAACCAGCCAGCAUCACUCAGACCACAGAGGGACCAGUCACUACAACAACCGCUCCGGUAUCCAAGGAGACCAUGAGGCGGACGACAGUCAGACCGACUGACACACCUGUCAUGGCCUUGGAAAGCACUGGUUUGGAAUCACUAAGGGCCUUGGAAGUGAAAAACAAAAGACUAUCAGAGACCAUUGCAAGCACUAGUACAGUCGACAAGCUCAACACUCAGAGACUACCAAUAACUACAGAGGCUUCGACCAUCAACACAAAGACCACUACAGUUGAGACGACAACUGCUGCUUUGACAAUAACUCCUAAAAUGCCCACAACAACGGUCUUGCUAGCGACUACCGCAUCGCCAACGGAAAGCUCUAGGUUGACUUUGUCUCCCACAACACAGAGGCAGACCACCCCCUCCUCCACUAGACCACCAGCCACCACCACCUCUACCACCACCACCACCACCUCUACUACCACCACCAUCGGCCAGCCUCAACCUGCCAGACGCAGGUACAGCAUCAGCUGGGAGGAGGAGGGAGGGACCCCUGAGGACCCAAAGGAACCAGGGCAACAAACAUCCACCAGGAAGCUUGGAGAGUGUAAGGACACUCUGUCCACCAUCUCUGAGCCAGUCCUCCAUAACACCUACGGCCGGAAUGAGGGGGCCUGGAUGAAGGAUCCUCUGGCCAACAACGACAAGAUCUACGUCACUAACUACUACUACGGAAACAACCUGCUGGAGUUUCGCAACAUGGAGACUUUCAAAUUAGGACGCUUCACCAACUCCUACAAGCUUUCCUACAACUGGAUCGGAACGGGACAUGUGGUCUAUGACGGAGCCUUCUACUAUAACCGCGCCUUCUCCCGUGACGUCAUCAAGUUCGACCUGCGUCUGCGCUACGUGGCGGCCUGGACCACGCUGCACGACGCCGUGUUCCACGAGGUCUCCACACCAUGGCAAUGGCGAGGUCACUCCGACGUCGACUUCGCAGUGGACGAGAGCGGCCUGUGGGUCAUCUACCCUGCACUGGACGAUGAGGGCUUCCUACAGGAAGUGAUCGUCCUGACGCGGCUGAACCCCUCUGACCUCAGCACCCAGAGGGAGACUACCUGGAGGACAGGCCUCAGGAGGAACCGCUAUGGGAACUGCUUUAUCGUGUGUGGCGUCCUGUACGCCGUCGACAGCUACAACGAGAAGGACGCCAACCUGUCGUACGCCUUCGACACGCACACCAACACCCAGAUGGUUCCCAGAAUGCCCUUCACCAACAACUACACCUACACCACACAGAUCGACUACAACCCCAAGGAGGGAAAGUUGUACGCCUGGGACAACGGACACCAGGUCACGUACAACGUCGACUUUGCCUACGUUUACCCCUUGCAAGAGGUCGGGAAAGGUCACUUUGUUUUUGUAUAAAAUAAUUACCAGAAGUGAAAAGAGCAAAGAGAUUCUAUGAGUUGAAGUGGAUUGUAGACCAGUCCUCCUGGCCACUCAUGUCAGCCUUUAUAAAGCCUUUAUAAAGCUUGCUGUUCUGUCACUGUGUUUGAUUUGUUUUUAUUGACCUGACAAUUUGUUUAAACAGUAGAGAAGCUACAAUAUGCAAAACUUUUGCUGUAGUCUAAAGAACAUAUGUUGUAUAUACUGUAAUAUAAACCAUUGUGAGAGAAAUGAAUGUACUGUA